UCAUACAGACAAGAAGAGAACGUAAUUUUAUAAAGUGGAUGUUUUACCCGUUUAAAGGUUUGAUCUUUAAAAAACUUUUCCUUUUUAGGAAAAAUCUUCGGGUUUUCCUUGUUUUCCCUCUUGGUUUUUCCCCUUUCCCCAAUUCAACGGUCGUCAGCUUCUGUGAAACUCGACAGCCUGAGGUUUGAAGUGUUUACUUUGUUUAUCUCGACUUUCCACCCAGGUCGAUUUCGUCUUUUGUCGAAAGGAUUUCCGCGUUGUUUUUAAGUGCAGGUUGGGGAUCGAUUGAAGUGAUUCUCAGAGUCUGUUUAGUCUGUUUAAUCGAUUUAUUUGAAAGAAAUGGAGUGGCUGUUUGGUAAGAAGCUCACACCGGAGCAGAUGCUCCGCAAGAACCAGACGGCCCUCAACCGCGCAAUGCGAGACCUCGACAGGGAGCGGUCUCGGAUGGAGCAGCAGGAGAAGAAGAUCAUAUCGGACAUCAAGAAGUCGGCCAACGAGGGCCAGAUGGAGGCGGUGAAGAUAAUGGCGAAAGACCUCGUACGCACUCGCCGCUACGAGAAGAAGUUUAUGCUCAUGAGGGCGAACAUACAGGCUGUGUCGCUCAAGAUACAGACGCUCAGGUCGCAGAACGCUAUGGCUCAGGCGAUGAAGGGCGUCACGAAAGCCAUGCAGAACAUGAACAGGCAGCUGAACCUGCCGCAAAUCCAGAGGAUACUUCAGGAGUUCGAGAAACAAUCGGAGAUGAUGGACAUGAAAGAAGAGGUGAUGAAUGACGCAAUUGAUGAUGCGAUGGAAGACGAAGGCGACGAAGAAGAAAGUGAUCAGAUUGUAUCGCAAGUCUUGGACGAACUCGGCCUUCAGCUCAAGGACGCCCUUCCAGGCCUGCCGUCCGAGUCGAUUGCUGCCUCCGCCAAAGGCAGGGUGGCCGUACUGGCAGGAGGUGGCAACGCCGCAGCACCGAUCGAUGCAGACGCCGACCUACUGGCUCGCCUUGAAAAUCUGAGGCGGGAGUGAGAAAAACC